UAUUGUUUCAAUUGACAUGAUGGAUACAUCAUUCGAAAGUCCAGAACCUGCAUUAUCAGCAGAGCAAAGGUUUAUCAAUUCUAAGACCGGUUUACCUAACUUCCGCCGCUUCACAGAGCACAACAUUGAAGACCGCACCAUCGCCGCAAGAGCGUUAUAUAGAGAGGGUUUUUACCCAUCUAUCUUUGCCGCUACACAUACAUGGAAAUGUUGGAGGAGGAUAGCACAAGGUCAUCACAUACAACAACGCGCACUUCGUCAGUACGCCAACUCUGUGCUCAAGGCUACAUAUCGUCAGCCUCAUGUCUCAAGAUUCUGGGCUCUCCGCUUCCUGAGGCGCUAUCACGAAGUCUUUCACAGAAGAAAGAGUUGUACUCUUGCUGCAAAUCGUAAGGCUAUGUCAGAUCGAGCAAAUGUCGAAGAAUGGUUCACAAAAUGGACGCGAUUUGUCCAAGAGAACGAUAUCAACUUCUCAAAUGUGUGGAAUUUCGAUGAGACCGGCUUUAUGAUAGGAUAUCUUAUGAACGGUAUCAUGAUAUGGACUUUCAUAGAGAUCGACAACCCAAUACUGACUGAUGCACACACAACUAUUAGUGUUACAGUCACAGAGUCAAUAUCUGCAAAAGGAGAGAUAAUUGCCCCGUUUAUCAUCAUGCCCGGCGUACAGAUUCCCUCCCGUUGGGUUGAUAACGACCUUGAAGAUGAAGCUACGAUCGUUACAACACCAAAAGGAUAUAUCGACGAUGUAUGGGCACAAGACUUCUUCGAUCACUUUGAGAGACUUUCCCGGCCUCAAAAUAGAUCAGGAACACGGGUAGUUCUUCUUGGCGGAUGUGAGAGUCAUUUCACCAAAGAGUUAUAUCAUAAAGCGAAGGAAGCAGAAGUUAUCUUAUAUUCCUUCCCUCCUUGUUACGACCAGGUCAUUCCUACCCCACUUUCUCACUUUUCCACUUUUACAUUACCCACUGUUACACUCACCUUACACCAAUCACAUCAGGACCGAAACGUCAACCUUCGGUCCCUAAGGAUUAACCAAUCACGAGUAGACCGAAGAACUUCAUAUCGGUCCAGGACCAACAACUUCACUUCUCGGUCCAAGAACAGUACAAGGACAAUACCAAUUGUCUUAUACCUCUAG